GAGAUAGAGAUAUAAACUCUCUUCACUUCCUUAGUCACGUUCACACGAACUAGAAUCAUACUCUUCCCACUCUAUGGAUCCAACUCAAUCAUCACCAGACCAACUCAGUCACGUUGUGGCCAUGCCUUAUCCAGGUCGAGGCCACAUCAACCCGAUGAUGAACCUAUGUAAACGCCUAGUCCAACGAUACCCUGACCUCCACGUCACUUUCGUUGUCACUGAAGAAUGGCUCGGGUUCAUUGGAUCCGACCCGAAACCCGACCAGAUCCACUUCGCCACUCUCCCUAAUCUCAUCCCUUCCGAGCUCGUCCGGGCCAAAAACUUUAUAGGCUUCAUUGAUGCCGUCUACACAAUAUUAGAGGAGCCGUUCGAGAAGCUUCUUGAUGACCGACUCAAUUCGCCGCCUCCGAGUGUAAUAAUCGCUGACACUUACCUUGUUUGGGCAGUACGUGUCGGCAAAAGAAGGAAUAUUCCGGUGGUUUCUCUCUGGACAAUGUCAGCCACGAUUCUCUCCUUCUUCCUUCACUCGGAUCUACUCAUAAGUCACGGUCAUGCACUGACUAAACCAUCAGGAGAUGAGAUUGUUGAUUAUGUCCCCGGUUUAUCUCCGACAAAACUCCGAGAUUUGCCACCAAUAUUUGAGGGUUACAGCCACCGACUCUUCAAGAAAGCUAAGUUGUGUUUUGAUGAGCUCUCUGGAGCUAAGUGCCUUCUCUUCACCACUGCUUACGAACUUGAACCUAAAGCCAUUGAGGCUUACACCUCUAAGCUUGAUAUCCCGGUCUACGCUAUCGGUCCUUCAAUUCCCUUUGAAGAACUACACGUUGAGAAUGAGGGUAGAGAAUCUGAUUACAUCCAGUGGCUUGAUGAGCAACCGGAAGGUUCUGUGAUUUAUAUAUCUCAAGGGAGUUUUCUUUCGGUCUCCAAAGCUCAGAUGGAGGAGAUAGUGGUUGGAGUGAGAGAGAGUGGAGUCCGGUUCCUUUGGGUGGCUCGUGGGGGUGAGUUGAAGCUUAAGGAGGCUUUUGAAGGUAGCUCAGGUGUAGUGGUGAGCUGGUGCGAUCAGCUUCGCGUGCUGUGUCACAAAGCUGUAGGCGGGUUUUGGACGCAUUGCGGGUUUAACUCGACAUUGGAAGGGAUAUACUCGGGAGUACCAAUGCUGGUGUUUCCUUUGAUUUGGGAUCAGAUUUUGAAUGCUAAGAUGAUUGUUGAAGACUGGAGGAUCGGAAUGAGGAUCAAGAGGUCGAAAAAUAGGGAGUUGUUGAUAGGGAGAGAUGAGAUCAAGGAAGUAGUGAAGAGGUUUAUGGAUAGAGAGAGUGAAGAAGUGAAGGAAAUGAGAAGAAUGGCUUGUGACCUCAGUAAGAUCAGUCGAGGAGCAGUUGCUGAAAGCGGUUCCUCUGUUGCUAACAUUGACGCUUUCGUUAGGGAUAUUACCAAUACAAAUUAAGGUUCAAUGAGCUUUUUUUUGUUCGGCACAUUGUUGUUACAAUUGAUGGUUUAAAUCUUCUUAUGUCUAAUUGAUGUUAGGGAUAUGUUCGAGUAAUAAAGCAAGAUACACAAACUUCUGUACGGUGGUUGAAUACGAUUCCACAUGUUUUUUAUCAAUAUCAAUCUUUUGUUAUAUCACAAUGUACAAAUAGUUUGUUUUUA